AUGAAGAUCUUAUGCAUCAACCACAAGUUGCUGAAGUCCAUCUGGAGCAGCAGCAGGACACUUGGUGGAUCGGUCCCCCAAGCCGUGAGGCUGUUUACGUCCCUCAAUCUUUCCGAGUUUGAAGCCAUCAAUCGAGGGGACAAAGAGGUGCCGAAGUACUUCAAUUUCGCCAAUGACGUGUUGGAUAAAUGGUCUAAAAUUGAAAAGGAUGGAGGGAGACCUUAUCAUCCAGCUUUCUGGUGGAUUGAUGGAAAAGGAGGAGAAGUCAAAUGGGGCUUUGAAAAACUGGGCUUUGUCUCCAAGAAAGCGGCCAAUGUACUCACAGGGCCCUGUGGCCUGCAGAGAGGAGACCGAGUGAUCCUCAUUCUGCCUCGGAUCCCAGAGUGGUGGAUGCUAACCGUGGCAUGUAUCAGAACAGGGAUCACCUUCAUCCCGGGGACUCCACAGCUGACAGCCAAAGAUAUGCAGUACAGGCUCCAGGUGUCCAAAGCUAAAGGCAUCAUCACAAAUGAUUCAUUGGCCCCCGUGGUGGAGACUGUCUCUUCGUCAUGUCCUUCUCUGCAAACCAAGGUGUUGGUCUCCGAGAGCAGGCGAGAAGGAUGGCAACAUUUCAAGGCGUUGUUUGAAGUUGGGUCUUUGCAUAAUGUGUCCAAAGCAGGAUCAUUUGAACCUGGGAGUGUCAUGAGAAAUGGGGAAGUAGAUCUGACACUUUCCAGGUACCCAGUGACGACCUUGUGCACUGCUCCAACAGCCUACCGCAUGCUGGUGCAGCAGGACCUUAGCAGCUACACAUUCAAGAGCCUGUCUCACUGUUUGACUGGUGGAGAACCAAUGAACCCGGAAGUGGUGUCACAAUGGAAAAAACAGACGGGGUUACAACUCUACGAAGGCUAUGGACAAACUGAAGUCGGGAUGAUAACAGCCAACAAGAAGGGGAAACCAGUUAAACUGGGCUCCAUGGGGACUGCAGCUCCACCUUACGAUGUUCAGAUUGUAGAUGAAGAUGGCAAGAUUUUGCCCCAUGGACAAGAAGGAGACAUCGCCAUCAGGAUAAAACCCAAGCGUCCCUUUAGCUUCUUCUCUCACUACGUGGACAACCCAGAAAAAAACUCAGCAGUUGUCCGGGGAAACUUUUACAUCACCGGUGACCGAGGCUGGAUGGAUGAAGAUGGCUAUUUCUGGUUUGUGGGAAGGUCUGAUGAUGUCAUCAUCUCCUCAGGAUACCGCAUUGGGCCUUUUGAAGUAGAAAGUGCUUUGAUUGAGCAUCCAGCAGUAGUUGAAUCAGCCGUGGUCAGCAGUCCGGAUAUAGUCCGACGGGAGGUGGUAAAAGCAUUUGUGGUUUUGUCUCCUGAGUUCGCAUCACACAACCCAGAGAAAUUAACUCGGGAGCUGCAAGACCACGUCAAGAAAGUGACAGCGCCAUACAAGUAUCCCAGAAAGGUGAGUGUUAUAACUAGGUAGUGUUGAAUUAUUCAGAAGCCUGAGGGCGAUAACAGAAUAUCAGAGUUGGAAGGGACCUUGGAGGU